UGAUAUUUCCGGUUCCGUUUCCGGCUUAGAGUUGUUGUCUGGGUCUUCUGAGCUCGGGGGAGUCUGCUUGAUACAGUUUCUGGCAGCUUAGGUUGCAGAUUGGAGCCGACUCUGCAGGGGUAGCAGACCUACCCACGCAAACAUGGCAGCCUCUACCGCAGCCGGAAAGCAGCGGAUCCCUAAAGUGGCUAAGGUAAAAAACAAAGCCCCUGCUGAAGUACAGAUCACAGCAGAACAGCUUUUAAGGGAAGCUAAAGAAAGAGAGCUUGAGCUUCUUCCACCACCUCCUCAACAGAAGAUCACAGAUGAAGAAGAAUUAAAUGAUUAUAAAUUAAGGAAAAGAAAGACUUUUGAAGACAAUAUAAGGAAGAACAGAACUGUGAUUAGUAACUGGAUAAAAUAUGCACAAUGGGAAGAAAGUCUAAAAGAAAUUCAAAGGGCCCGUUCCAUAUACGAGCGUGCCUUAGAUGUCGACUAUCGAAAUAUUACUCUCUGGCUAAAAUAUGCAGAAAUGGAAAUGAAGAAUCGCCAAGUAAAUCAUGCCCGAAAUAUCUGGGAUCGGGCCAUCACAACUCUUCCCCGGGUCAAUCAGUUCUGGUACAAAUAUACUUAUAUGGAGGAGAUGUUGGGAAAUAUUGCUGGAGGCCGGCAAGUGUUUGAACGCUGGAUGGAAUGGCAACCUGAGGAGCAAGCCUGGCAUUCCUACAUCAACUUUGAACUGAGAUAUAAAGAAGUGGAUCGGGCACGUUGCAUUUAUGAAAGAUUUGUACUUGUACAUCCUGAUGUUAAGAAUUGGAUCAAGUAUGCUCGCUUUGAAGAAAAGCAUGGCUACUUUGCUCAUGCAAGGAAAGUGUAUGAAAGAGCUGUGGAAUUCUUCGGAGAUGAGCAUAUGGAUGAACAUCUCUAUGUGGCCUUUGCAAAGUUUGAAGAAAAUCAGAAAGAAUUUGAAAGGGUACGAGUGAUCUACAAAUAUGCCCUGGACAGGAUUUCGAAGCAGGAAGCCCAAGAACUCUUUAAAAAUUACACAAUCUUUGAAAAGAAAUUUGGGGAUAGGCGAGGUAUUGAAGAUAUCAUUGUAAGCAAACGGAGAUUCCAGUAUGAAGAGGAGGUGAAGGCUAACCCACACAAUUAUGAUGCCUGGUUUGAUUAUUUGCGAUUGGUGGAAAGUGAUGCAGAGCCAAACACUGUGAGAGAAGUAUAUGAAAGAGCCAUUGCCAAUGUGCCACCAAUUCAGGAGAAGAGGCACUGGAAGCGGUAUAUAUACCUCUGGAUAAACUAUGCACUUUAUGAAGAGUUGGAGGCAAAGGAUCCAGAAAGGACCAGACAGGUAUAUCAAGCUUGUUUGAAAUUGAUUCCGCACAAAAAGUUUACAUUUGCAAAAAUAUGGCUACUAUAUGCCCAGUUUGAAAUACGACAGAAAAAUCUCCCAUUUGCCAGAAGAGCUUUGGGAACUUCUAUUGGCAAGUGUCCCAAAAACAAAUUGUUCAAAGUCUACAUUGAAUUGGAGUUGCAGCUUCGAGAAUUUGAUCGGUGCCGGAAACUUUAUGAAAAGUUCCUGGAAUUUGCACCAGAAAAUUGCACAUCAUGGAUCAAAUUUGCAGAAUUAGAGACAAUUCUUGGAGAUAUUGAGAGAGCCCGGGCAAUAUAUGAGUUGGCUAUUAGCCAGCCACGUUUAGACAUGCCAGAGGUGCUUUGGAAAUCUUAUAUUGAUUUUGAAAUUGAACAAGAAGAAUCUGAAAAAACAAGAAGUCUUUACCGGAGAUUGCUGCAACGAACACAGCAUGUCAAGGUUUGGAUCAGUUUUGCUCAGUUUGAGCUGUCUGCAGGAAAUGAAGAAAGUUUAACUAAAUGCAGACAAAUAUAUGAAGAGGCCAACAAAACUAUGAGAAACUGUGAAGAGAAGGAAGAAAGACUCAUGUUAUUAGAAUCCUGGCGAAAUUUUGAAGAUGAAUUUGGAACAGAACCUCAGAAGGAGAGAGUAGACAAACUAAUGCCAGAGAAAGUCAAGAAAAGAAGAAAAGUACAGGCAGAAGAUGGGUCUGAUGCUGGCUGGGAAGAGUACUACGAUUACAUCUUUCCAGAGGAUGCUGCGAACCAGCCCAACCUUAAACUGCUGGCAAUGGCCAAACUUUGGAAGAAACAGCAGCAAGAAAAGGAUGCUGCAGAACAAGACCCAGACAAAGAUGUGGAUGAGAGCGAAUCUUGACUUUCCCCCACGUUGGUGCAUUUUUGUUAUUUUUAUAAAUUACUACUCUGCAAUUAUUGUGACUUAGGAAACUUUUGUGCAGUAUUUUUUAUCAGUGGUGAACCUUGUACCUUUGCUAUACUAUACUAUACUUUUAAAAUAUGACUGGGUUAGCAUUGAGGAGAUUGUAAAUAAAGGACAUAAAAUUUCUUCCUAA